ACACUCGAAGUCUUACCUCGAUUCAAAAGAAUUCCUCGAUAUUAUGAAGUUUCUACCUAAAGUACCAUUCGAAUCCCCACAUUCAUGUCUUAUUAGCUAGACUUUGUUAACUAGUUGAAUUGGUUAUUUCUCGAAUUCUAGAAAAAUCUUCAUUUGUUGAGUAGAUAUUGGGAUAUUUUUGAUUCGGUUCAAAAAUAUAUAGAAAAGUUCGACUUUUUUGCUUUCAACGAAAGUUGAAAUGGAGUCCGAAAGCUCUAUAGCAAAUGCAGUUGGUGGCAAGACGGCUAGAGCCUGUGAUGGUUGCGUUAAGAAAAGGGCUCGUUGGUAUUGCGCGGCUGAUGAUGCUUUCUUGUGCCAAGCUUGCGAUGGCUCCGUCCAUGCUGCGAACCCUUUGGCUCAACGACACGAAAGGGUUCGCCUUAAGACGGCAUCAAUGACACAGUUGUCACUCGAGAUACCCUCGUGGCACUAUGGUUUCACUAGAAAACCUCGAACCCCGAGAGGGAAGCAUCAUCACCGGCACAAGUCCGAGAAGCUGACAACAAAUCCUGUGCAUUAUGAACCUGAAAUAGUUCCUAAUAACGAGAACUUGUCUGAAGAAAAUGAUGAGCAGGAGCAGCUUAUUUAUAGGGUUCCAAUAUUUGACCCUUUUGCUGCUGAGAUGUCUCUUUCGGAUACGUCUACCGAAAGUGUGACAUUACGAGCAGGAGAUGAUGAUGGCGAAAAACAUAAGGUAGGGUUUUAUCAAUCCGACAUGGAUCUCGAAGAAUUUGCUGCUGAUGUGGAGAAUCUAUUAUGCAAAGGGCUUGAUGAUCAAGAAUCAUUUGACAUGGAAACCUUAGGGUUUUUCAAUUCCCGAGGCAAAGAUUCGGUCGAGAGUCCUAGUACUUGGUGCGCGGGAACUGUGAUCAAGUUCGAGGAAGCUGAUGAAAUAAAAGACAGUGCUAUCGUGAAUUACCAAAUAGAAGCUGAGAUUGACAUGACAAAGGAAACGUUUGAGCUAAAUUUCGACGAUUAUGACACGCCAGAAAAUAAUUUUGAGGAGGAUUACGAGAAGGCUGGAGGAUUCGGUAAUGUCAUAGAUCAGCUGAAAGAAGAAUGUGAAGCGAUGGAGACUAAUGUCGAGGAGAAGAAGAGCAAGAUUUUAUUGGCACUUGAUUAUGAAGGUGUCCUCGCAGCAUGGCCGGAACAAAAGUCUGCAUGGAUGACUGGAGAUCGACCGCAGCUUGAAGAUAGUACCUGCUGGCCCGACUGCAUGGGCGAAUGUGGAAAUGUUCAUGAUAAUUAUGCAAGUAGAUACGGUGAGAUGGGCGGAUUAAGGAUGUUGGACGGCGGUAGAGAAGCGAGAGUGUCAAGGUACAGAGAGAAGCGACGAACCAGACUGUUUUCGAAGAAAAUAAGGUAUGAGGUGCGAAAGCUUAAUGCAGAGAAGAGGCCGAGAAUAAAAGGAAGAUUUGUUAAGCGAGCAAAUUUUCUGGCCGCGAUUAAUUAGUUAACCAAUUCGUCGAAUCGACAUUUACUUUAGUUUGCGUUGGAGUAAACUAGAAAUCAAGUUAUCUUGUAAUGAGUAAGAUUAAUGAACCUGCAAUUUUCUUCAGCUCUACUAAUAUACUCUAAUGUAAUUAUCAUAGCUCUGGGUUCAGUGUGACAACUUCCACCGACGCUAUGAUAUUUAGAUGAGUUGAUUACGAACUUCUACCGAAGGCUAUGAUAUUUAUAAGAUGAGUUGCUUACU